AUGAGGAGAAAGUUCCGCAUCUUGUACAUAGUGAUAGUAGCUCUUACACUAAGUUUAUGUUCUGUUUAUAUCUCCAACUCGGAGACCAUCUUCUUCUCAUCCUCAGCUAUAAAAGCUCUGCCCAUACUCAGGCCGAACCCCGUCUUGUACGGAAAAUUUUCUAACUUUUCAAAGGAUCCAUUAUUCGAUUCUAAUCUAGCCAUUGUAGAAGUCAUAACAGAAGGAAAGAAAACAGAUGCGUACAGGACAGCCAUAGGAUCAGUGCAAUGCUAUGCAGCCAUGAAAGGUCACUACAUGUACCUGUUGGACAUGGAGCAUUAUAAGCCAUACUGUGGACAUCACAAAGAUUUUUACUACCGACGACAUUGUGUCAUAGGCCAUUUGAUGGAUACACGUCAACACGAUUGGUACGUCUUCCUCGAUUCUGAUAUGGAAGUUGUAAAUGAAAAGAGAUCCUUUUCCGAGUUCAUCGAUUCGAAACAUGAUGUACUUCUCUACGAUCGUUUUUGGAAUUGGGAGAUAAUGGCGGGAUCAUAUAUUGUAAAAGGAAGUGAUUUUGGAAAGAAAUUUGUAAAAGGUUUUGCGAAUUUCGAAUUCCAACAUCCGAAACACAAACAUCAUGGAACAGACAACGGUGGAAUACAGGCUUAUGUGGCUGAGCUCGUUUUCAACGGAAGAAGUGAAAUUGAAGACUGUUGGAAGAUUUGGGAAAAAUCGAAAGGAUGGGACGACAUUUUCGUUCACGAAUGGUGCGUUCGGAAACAUUUGGGUGCAGAGAUAGACAAGGGAAAAAUUAAAGUGUUCAAAAAGGGGACCGCAUGGGCCAGAGAUGGCGAGCUGACAGGCGGAAAGUGGAGUAAAGACUUUGACUUCAUUCUGCACGGGCGCAAAGAAUCCAAGAAAAAGCCAUAUGAUCCGAAAAAAAAAGAGUACUGGUAUGACGUUAGAUACAAGCCUCUGGACCUCAAUGAUUGUACUGCUGGUAAUGCGACAUGGUUCAAUAGGGCAGAUAUGAUGAUCUCAAAGAAAGGGGUUGAAGAACAUCUUAUAAGAAGAGCAAAAGGUAUAGAAUCGUACUUGAAGAGCGUUUUCAAACGAACUAACCGAACAAUUGAUCUCGACGGUCCAUUUAUAAAAGAUAUUGUACAAAGAUUUUCUGUUUAUACACCACGACCUUGA